GUCCCCGCCCGGGCCGGCGGCGCCGCGGCCGCCUCAGCGCGCAGCUGCGCACGGGGACAAGAUGGAGGUAAAAGAUGCAAAUGCCGCAUUGCUAAGUAACUUUGAGGUCUUCCAGUUACUUACUGAUCUUAAGCAGCAGCGCAAAGAGAGUGGAAAGAACAAGCAGAGCUCUGGCCAGCAGAACCUGAACACUAUCAUGUAUGAAACGCUGAAGUACAUAUCAAAAACACCGUGUAGAUACCAGACUCCUGAAACUGUAAGAGAUUUCCUCAUAACAAUGAAAGGCCAUAAGCUAACCAAGGCAGAAAAGCUACAGUUGCUUAACCACAGGCCUGUAACAGCAGUUGAAAUACAGCUGAUGGUAGAAGAAAGUGAAGAAAGACUAACAGAAGAGCAGAUCGAAUCACUUCUCCAGACAGUCACCAGUAUUCUUCCAGGGGAUCCGGAGGAACAACAGCGAGAAUCACCCAUGGCAACUGAAGACAAAGGUGACCAAGAAUAGAAAGUGUCUAGAGAAAGCUGGCCACGUUUGUGGCAGAAGCUAAUCAGUUAUUUUUUUUUCUUCUUUUUAUUUGAUCCAGUUUAAUCUUGUAUUGGACAUGAUUGUACAAUAUGUCACAAUUUUUAUUAUUCUGAGAUGAUGAGAGAAACAGUGUUUACAAGAAAGCGUGGAAAAGGAUGCUAUUGUUUCAGCAUUUUGGGAGAUAGGAGAAUGAUGGUAAUUUGGAUUGUAAUGUAGCAGCCUGAGAAAUUACAGGGCACAGAAUCCGAAGCUUUGGCUUUUUUUCCAUUACACGUAUAACAGCUGUAGAUUUCAGUAGGCUUACAUACAGCUGGCAAUGUUUUAAUUAUCAUAGCAGUACUAUAAUUAUAAUUGCUUUCAUAUGCUUUUGAAUUGCCCAACUGUUUUUCAGAAUGCAGUUUACAAUACAAAGCCAACUUUUGGAGCUCUUUGUGAAAACAGCCAUUUUCAAGGAUCAGUACAUAGGAUAACGUACAAGAAUUGCUUAGUAUUUGUUCAGACAAGUUCAAGUAGGCUGGCAGAGUCAUGGAAGUGUGAGGAACUGUGUAUAAGGUAACAGUCAAGGCUAUCUGACAAUCACUACUGCACACAAGAUAGAUCCAUCAGCUAAAGAUCAACAGCUAAAUCAAUGUAUUGCCACUGAAAUUCUCUGAAUUAGACCAGUUUAUCCCCACUGAGGAUCUGGACUGUAAUGUUAAGGCUCCAAGUCAUACAAGCAGAAGAAUGUUUAAAAAUGAGGUGUCUGUUUUCCCUUUGAAUUGUUCUGCUGUUCGAAUAUUUCAGUAUAGAUCACAGUCUUGCAUUCCACGUCAACAGUACUGUCUGCCAUGGAAUAAAUGAAUGCGUCAACACUUAAGUGAUGUCCUCAUCUAGUUUAGAAAAAUGAGGAUCAGUCCUGGCUGAAGCAGAAAUUUCUGUGUGCAGAAGCUUUGUCCAAUUAAAGAUUUCAGGGUCAAGUAUUUAAUGUUGAAAGCAUUUAUUAUUAUGAUAAAUCUUUAUAUAUAUGUACACACAGUCAUGUGUUACAGAUGGCACUGGUUUUCUACUGUGACUGCAGACUAUUCUUGUACAAUUGUUGUAAUGUAUUGGAAAUAAAAAUAAAGUUUGAAGUA